CGCUGCGGAGAAGAAGCCCGGAGCACGUGUGUGUGUGUGUGUGUGUGUGUGAGAGUGUGAGAGUGUGUGAGUGUGAGUGUGUGUGUUCACCCGUGAGCUCGGGUCUGGGUAAGAAAACAGCUACAGCAGCACUGUUUGAUAUGAAUGAGGAUGUCAUGGAGGUCCUGAAGGUUCUCCCGCGGGAUGCUCUGGACUCGGACACUCAGCGCUGUCGGAUGGGUCCGGCUCUGAUGUCGAGGUUAGGUCUGAGGCUGGGCGCUCCGGUUCUGAUCCGGCUCCGUCGGGGAGCGUGUCUCUGCGCCGCUUGGCCUCGGCGCGACCUGGCGGAGGGAUUCCUGCAGAUCAGCGCUCGGUGCUCGACGCCGGACCUCCGCUCUCAAACACUGACCGGACUCGAGGUUAAGCAGACACAGGUCACAGCCCUGAGCGGCCCCAGGCUCUCCAGCCUGAGCGUGAAGGUGUUUGUUCAGAGUCGCCGGCGGACGGUCUCCGAGCCCUGCGUCCUCCAGCUGCUGCAGGAUCUGUUUGUGCACCGGGGUCAUUUGGUGGAGCUCUCCGGGGCGCAGACGGAGAUCAGGUGUGUGCUGGUGGAGAAGCUGAACUCGGGCUCGCAGAAAGCCGGUUUGGUGACAGCUCGGACCCGUGUGGAGGUCAGCCAGGUUCGGACCGUCAAACACCUAGAGAGGUCUCUUCAGGAGGCGUCUGGGUCUCCUCUGGGCGGCCUAGAGGAGGUUUACGCCUCGCUGAAGGAGACGCUGACGUUUCCGCUGCAUUACCCGGAGACUCUGCGUCAGCUGGGAGUGCUGUGCCCGAGAGGCCUGCUUCUGAUCGGGCCGCCCGGCGUCGGGAAGACCCUGCUGGUGCGGAGCGUGGCCAGAGACAUCGGCGCAGAGUUAGUAAGCGUGAACGGGCCGGAGGUCACAGGUUCUCGACCCGGAGAGAGCGAGGAGAACCUGCGGCGCGUGUUUGAUCGGGCGCGGGAGGCGGCGGAGGACGGUCCGUGUGUUCUGCUGAUCGACGAGAUCGACUCUCUGUGUCCGAGGCGGACGGAGAGCAGCGGUUCCCCGGAGAACCGGCUCGUCGCUCAGCUGCUGACCCUGAUGGACGGCAUCGGGAACCAGCAGGGCUUCGUCAUCAUCGGAGCCACCAACCGACCGGACGCUCUGGACCCGGCGCUCCGGAGACCCGGGAGGUUCGACAGAGAGGUGAUCGUGGGCGUCCCCUCGCUGCUGCAGAGGCGCAGUAUUCUGAAGCGUGUGUGUGGAGAGAUGCCACUCAGCUCGGACGUGGAUCUGAACGCAGUCGCCGAAAUGACCUGCGGGUACGUGGGAGCGGAUCUGAGCGCGCUGGGGCGAGAAGCAGCGCUGCAGGCCAUGCGUCAGUCGCAGGGGGAAGCGAGGGAGACGGUGUCCAUGCAGCACUUCCUGCGGGCGAUGCGGAGCGUGCAGCCGUCGUGUUUGAGGAGCCGUCUGGGAGCGACCGACUUCAGAGCCAUCGGCUGGGAGCAGAUCGGAGGACUAGACCACGUCAAACUCCAACUCAAACAGAGUAUCGAGUGGCCCAUGAGGUUUCCCGAGGCGUUCGUGCGGUUGGGUGUUUCUCGGCCCAGAGGAGUGCUGCUGUACGGACCGCCCGGCUGCGCCAAGACCACGCUGGUGAAGGCGGCAGCAUCUUCAUCACACUGCAGCUUCCUCUCCCUCAGCGGCGCCGAGCUCUUCUCUCCUUAUGUAGGAGACUCCGAGAAAACCCUGGCGCAGUUGUUCACUCAGGCUCGAGCGUGUUCUCCCUCCAUCGUGUUCCUGGACGAGAUCGACAGUAUGGUGGGCUCUCGAGGGGACGGCUCCUCUCACAGCGUCCAGUCGCAGGUUCUGUCGGUUCUGCUGACCGAGCUGGACGGGGUGGGAGUCCGGAGCGUGGAGAGACGCAGCGCCGGGAGGAAGAUGACUCAGUUAGACGGAGGAGAGCAGGACGACGCCAGAAUACUGCAGAUGGAGCUCCAGGAAGUGUGUAACAAGGAUGUUUUGAUCGUGGCUGCCACAAACAGACCAGAGGUUCUGGACAGUGCUCUGCUCAGACCCGGCCGACUCGACCAGAUCAUAUAUGUUCCACCUCCAGAUCUCGAGGCUCGUCUCUCCGUGCUGCGUGUCUGCACUGAACGUGUCCCGCUGGAUCAGGACGUGAGUCUGACGGAUCUAGCUGCUCGAACCGAGCUCUUCUCCGGAGCCGAUCUGGAAAACCUGUGCAAAGAGGCGGCUCUUCUGGCUCUGCGUGACGAAGGGUUCCAGGUUUCUUGCGUGAAGCAAAAGUAUUUUCUGAAGGCGCUUCGGAGUUUGAGUCCAUCACUGAGUCCCGAACAGCUCCAGCAACGCUUUCACUCAAGCCUCUAUUAAAAUAAAUAAAUACAUAUAAAUACAUAUAUAUAUGCAUACAUAAAUACAAUAAAACUUUUUCUUUUUUUGAAUUUCUUGUUUCACACAUUCCUAAAUCUUCAAGUAUACAGGUGGAAAACAAAAAUAUCAUUUGCGAGGAAAACAUGAUAUAACAUUCUGAACUCAAACCUCAUUCCUGGUCCAAAAAAUAGCAUUUUUCCGUCCCUCUGUUGAGUUUGGUUUCUCUAAAGCUCUCUUCUCGGUAAAGCUACACCGUGUGUUAUACACAAAAACUGAAAAUUAGAUGAACGUAAUGGGAAAUUUAUUCAAAAGUGCUUUAAUGAUACUGAAAUUGUACUACAAAUUGCUUUUGCUUAUUGACAUGCAUAACUUUAUAACCUUUAUAACCACCGUAAAGUGACUCAGCAUUAGAAUGGUGUUGAAAUAAUCAUUUUAAAAAGCCACAGUGUCCUUUAAACAAUGUGUACAUAGGAACUGACCACUAGAGAUAUAGAGAGACAAAAAAAAUAUUCCUCUAUAGAGGAUAUAAUAUUUGGGUCUCGAAUUAAUAUUAGAAAUAAAUGUUUUCAACAAACCAGAUAACAACUAAAUGCUCAUUAAACUAAAACAAGGAAUUACUUACAAAAUAAAAUAGAAAUAGAAAGAUUUUGUUGAUGAACCGCUGAAGAUUCUCCUCAGACCAACCGUCAACUUCUGAAACUCGCGCCUUUUUGAAAUUCGCGCGCAUUCUCACUUUUCGAGCCUGUUCUGAACAAUUGGUCGAAAACCUCGCAAUUUUCAACUCAAUUUUUGUAAAAUGUUAAUCAAUAGUGUAAUGUCACAUGCUAGUGUGUUUGACCGUAUGUAAAGCUCAAAAUAAACUCUUACAAGACGGUGUUUAUUUGUAUUUAUUAUUUUUAAUCCUGACGGUUUUGGACAUGAUUUACAGGCUAAUUCUAAAGAUCGUUUGUCCAAAAUUUGCGCAAGUUAAAAAUAAAUACGGCCUCACGUUGUCAAUCAUCUUUACACGCCUCGUAACCUAUCGCUAGCAUGCACUUUGAGAGGACAGGAUGACGAAAAAACACAGCAUAGUUAUAUGUAUAUUAUUUAUUUUGUGAAAAUGUGUGGAAAAAUGUUUUUUUAAUUGUGCUUUUGGUGUUUAUACUGACAGCAUAUUUCUACAGUCAUUAAAAUUGUUUUGUAUCUUAUGCUCGCUAUUUUGUUGACUGACUGGUGUCUGAAAAUUAAACACGUGACACUGCACUUAUUCAGUUGAGUUUAAUUACAGGAAGUGCAUUAAAACAGUAAGGUUUUAAGAGCUUUAUAAAUGAAAACCUUAUUUACAGUCACUAGUGUGACCGGCGGGAUUAAAUGGGUUACUCUAUAAUAUAUUUUCAUAAUAAUACAGCGUCAUGACACACACACACACACACACACACACACACACACACACACACACACACACACACACACACACACACACAAACACACACACACACACACACACACACACACACACACACACUACGGCUUCCCUCCGUCUGUCCAGACAGAAAACACACAGAAGUCAGUCCGGUCUGCUGUGAGCACGCCAGUAUUAAAGGUUUAUCAAAAUGAGGUCAAUAUUCAUUAUAGAAAAAGCUGCUAGACAAUCAUUAAAAC